UUGACCGAUCGAUCGACCCUCGAACUCGAAGUUAAUGAUCGAUAAAGUGAACUUAACCUUACUUUUCAAAUAAAUUUUUAAUUUUCAAUUAUUUACAGCUAAUAAACAUAGCAGAGACUAUGCAUUAUUAUUAUUAAUUUAUAAAAUUUACAAUGUUCUUCAAAUAUUAAUUAACUGUAAAAUAAUGAAGAAUCUUUGAUGAAUGAUUAUUGAGUUGCAUUGUCGCUACCAUAACCUCAAUUCUCAGAAGACUGGACAAGAUAUGAUCGAGAACUGAAUCAUCAACUGCACCAGAAUGUUUCCAUUAUCGAACGAUAGCUACACUAUCAACAAGAUCACCUCCUUCUAUUGCAUGUCAUCAUGCAUUUACCUGUCAGCGCUCAUAGGUGGCCUACUGCUGACCGACGCGUUCAACUACACGGGCAGCUACAGUUUCCUGCCGGUCUACUUCGUCAUCAUCAUAGCCGAAGUGCUCAAGUUCAUCUACAUCCAGUCGGUCAACCACAAGGAGCUUAGCUUCAACCCCAAGCAAGGCUUCAAACUGCUCACCAUCAUUUUCCUCCUCUUGAAACGAACAAACAUCGUCGAACUGAUCAAGUGCGCCAUAACAAUCACUGUAAUUGUUUUCGUCUACUUCUUCAUGACAAUCUUAUUCGGAGCCGACGCUUUCGGCAAGUAUGAGGAGACUUUCAUGUUCAGUAUUCUGUUGACUGUUUUAACGGUGUUCCCGUUGUGUUUGCAUUUUGGAUCGUACUCAGUCACACAUCUGCUAGCCGGUGGCAAGAUGAACGACAUCUUCUUUCUGGCGUUGUACAGGAACAUUCAGAUGAGUUUGUUUGGUGCGUGGGUGGGGGCUUUCGUAAUACCCCUCGACUGGCACCGGUCUUGGCAGGUUUGGCCCAUUCCCUGCUCCACGGGGGCCAUCAUCGGCUCGCUCCUUUCUUAUUUCAUAUCGCUGUUUCAGUUUUUCUCAGAUCCCGGUAGGAGAAGUAUCAGUAAACUGGGUCGAAAGUUGCAUUGAUUGUGAAUAAAAUAUAUGACCACUAAAUGUUAUGAACAUUGAUAAUCUAAUUAUUGAUUGAUAAGCAAUAAUCAUCCCAAUAGGGAGUCCGGCAUCACAAGAUGUCAAACUAUUAUCAGUAAUAAUAAUACUGUGAAUAGAGUUUCAUUCAAUUGACAAAUCUAAUAAAUUUGAAUGAAUUAGACAUCAUUAUUCAUUAAAAAUAGAGUAGAUCUGAUCGUAGCUAUUGAAAACGUAAAUUCGUAUGACUUUUUGUUAGCGAUGAGUCCCUUCAUGGGAAGGUUCUAUCUAGCCUCAAUAAUAUAUACCGUUUAGCCUAUAUCAUUACCGGUAUAUAUAAUUCAAGCUAUCAAUGGGCCUCACGACUACUAUUUAUCUUGAAUGUUAAAUUAUGUAAUCAAAUACAGUCAUUGUAUAAUUCUCAAUUGAUUUCUAUUUAUUCAUUUGUUUUUUUGCUGAGGGUGAUGUCCACUGAGCUCUAGGCUUGUGCGUGGAUAAUGAGGCGGAUGAUAAUGUUAUGAAUUUGGUAAGAUGCUAGGUAAAUAAAUCAGAUAUUGUAGAUUCCACUAAUUAUUUUUAUUUAGAAAAGAAAACUCGAGUGUCAAUUUUCAUUAAAACUCUAUUAUUGUUCUUCAAACCAGUGGAGUUGAGUUGACUAUAUCUGUUUCAUUCAUUCAUAAUUGGAAAUAUUCCACUGAUUGAAAAUGACAGAGACUUUCACACAAAUAGAUAAUAAUCUAUUUAUAUUGUAGAACUUCUUAAAAAUAUUGUAUACGAAAGAAAUUCGUAUUGUAUUCACACUAUUGGAGUGAAUACAUGAUCAUAUUUCUCAAUUUUUAAAUAUAAUUUUCCGUUCCAUCCUUUUAUUCAAUAAUUUUUCUGACUAUGAUAGAGCAAGGUACUAAAGGUAUGGGUGCAAAUAUUAGUAAGAAUUCGUGUUUUUUGUACAGUAUACUUUUUUCUCAUUAUUUUUUAAUUCCAGUAUAAUUGUAUAGUGUGCUUUCAGAUCGUUCAUACAUUAAGUUAGCUUAUUUCAUUGCUUAUGCACAUUCAAGUAUUAUAAUAUUAUACAAUUAUACCAUUUAAAAUCUAACCUAUGUUUAAUAUCCUAUCAUGACUUCGAUUAGAAAUAAAAUUCCCAAGUAAUGUAAUGCAAUAUUGUUAGUACCGUAGACAUAUUAUGUAGAAUACAAUAUUAGUUUGUUUGCUCUCCUUUAUAUCAAUACUUCUACUUUAGAAAAUUUAUUUCCAACUCAGACAUAUAUGUGAGCAAAUUAUUUUUCUAUUAUCUAGUCAUUUUACUUGAUUUUCGCAAAACACUAUAUGGUAUGGUUAAGACUAGCAGGUAACGUUAUUGUGCAACAAUUAUUAUUAGUUAUUGUUAUGUUCAACGUUGCAUUAAAACUUUAAUUAGUGACUUAA